CUUCAUCAACGGCAGUAGACUCCACAUCAGCAGUAUCAGCGCAAAGUAUGGAUGACUGGAAUUUGGAUGCAUCUUGUACAAAUGGUCUGACGAUUACUAAGUUUCCUCCUGGGAUGGAUAAUCUUCUGGAACCGCAUCUUACCACUUUUUCUACAAACAUAUUGAAUAUAUACCGUGGUAAUAUGAUACCAUAUUUAUUGGACAAGGCUUUAUUGACUCUUCUGCGGUGCCACCUCUCUCCAGUACGGGAACAGCGUUAUCAAGAACGGAAGGCAAAGAGAGAAGAACCUGACUCAACCCUCAGCAAUCGACAGCAAUGCACUGACAAAAUUCUUCCAACAAUGAUUAUUCUGAAACACCGACUUCGCAAGCACAUCAGACGACUGGCAAAUUUGGAAAAACGUAACGACGUUGAUAAACACUACAGCAUCACCAAAGAAAGUCAAGCUAUCGAUCGAAUUAAGCAACUAAUUGCUCACAAGAAAAAGAAGAAGAAUAUGGACAGCAAACAUGACACCACAGAUGACAUGGAAAAUGACGAGGACGACGCGGUGGACGAUGUGGAUAGCGAUAUGGAAGAUGAUGCGGACUUUGUUAUGGACAAUCUUAUCGAUGAAGACACUUCAAUCCCAAGAAAAAGACUGUGUGCGUCAGUGUCGUUUCCUUCGACUUCGACUACAAUUGCGACUACCAACACAACUACUAUGACCCCAACAACGCCAACAACGCCAAUACCAAAAUUAGUAGUCUCAGCAUCAGUAACAGAACCGUCAAUCAAUCGACUGAAGAAAUUACGAUCCGUUUUGAAAUCUCUGCUUUGGAAGAAAGGAAUACCAUUUGAUAGUACACCUCACCAAUUGAAGAUGAAAUACGACAACUUGGACCAAUGAUAAUGAAGCUACGGUGCUCAUGCAAUUAUACAAGUUUAUAUCACCCUAUGUUCUACCAAAAACGAAUAACGAAAUUGUUGAUAAUCACCCACUUCUCAACUAUCCGCUGGCUCUGCUAUUAAAUACUAUUCUGUACGUCACCAAUUACGCCAAAUUCUGUAGAAAGCUGGUUCCAAAGGUCA